AUAGAAUUGCACUUGGAAAAUGUUUGCCACGCCCCUAAGACAGCCAAGCAGUGCCAGCAACAGGACGGCAGCUUCAGCCUCACUGGAUGGCCAGGAGACGCCAUUUCAGUACGAAAUCACCGAUCAUGGCUAUGGCAAGGAUGCUGUCAAGGUGCUCCAUGUGAGCCGCAAAGGGCCCGUGCACACCAUCCAGGAGUUCGAGGUGGGCACACACCUGAAGCUGUACAGCAAGAAGGACUACUAUCAGGGCAACAACUCGGACAUUGUGGCCACCGAUUCGCAGAAGAACACCGUCUAUCUGCUGGCCAAGAAGUACGGCAUUGAGAGCCCCGAGAAGUUUGCACUGCUGCUCGGUCAGCACUUUCUCAACAAAUACUCCCACGUGGAGGAGGCGCACGUCCACGUGGAGACGUACCCGUGGCAGCGUGUCUGCCAGGAGGAGACCAAGGCCAGCAAAACGUCGGUGGUGGGUCAGGGCAGCUGCAACAAUUUCAGCUCCAUUGACAAUCGUUCGCUGCACAAUCACGCCUUCAUUUUUACGCCCACGGCGCUGCACUACUGCGAUGUGGUCAUCAGGAGACAAGAUCCCAAGCAAACUGUCAUCACUGGCAUCAAGGGUCUGCGCGUCCUCAAGACCACUCAAUCUUCGUUUGUGAACUUUGUCAACGACGAGUUCCGCUCGCUGCCCGAUCAAUAUGAUCGCAUCUUCAGCACGGUCGUGGACUGCUCCUGGGAGUACUCCGACACGGACACGGUUAACUUUUCGCGCGCCUGGCAGCAGGUGAAGAACAUUAUUCUGAGGAACUUUGCCGGCGAUCCACAGGUGGGCGUUUCCUCGCCCUCUGUGCAGCAUACGCUGUACCUCAGCGAGAAGCAGGUGUUGGAUGUGAUCCCUCAAGUGUCGGUCAUCUCCAUGACCAUGCCGAACAAGCAUUACUUCAACUUCGAUACGAAGCCCUUCCAGCAGAUUGUGCCGGGGGACAAUAACGAGGUGUUCAUACCGGUGGACAAGCCGCAUGGCACUAUCUAUGCCCAGCUGGCGCGCAAGAAUCUCAAUAGUCAUCUUUAGAAACGAUAUUCACUAUUAUUUAGCACAAAUUUACACUUUAUACACACAUUUAGCACACACAUUUAAUAAAUUCGCAAACAACAACAAAAAACGCGGGGAGCUCAAUCGAUCGACUGGUAUCGGGUUGGCUGGCCAUCGCUAUCGACAGUGUUGUAAAACACGA